CGAUGAACGACUGUAACGUGUGGUGGUGGGCUGGUUUAAUGUAAAAAAGAAACUUGUACUAAUUUGACGUAAAGUUUACUUACAAAUAUUAGUCAUCGUUCGAACUUUUGUAACUUAUUUUUUGGCGAUAUAUGUGCUCGAACGCAAAAUGCCCAAAAGUGGCCAGGAAGUUGUUUGUGAAGGUUGGUUAACAAAAUCGCCACCAACAAAAAGGAUCUGGAGGGCUCGAUGGAGGAGGCGAUGGUUUUGUUUACAAAAUUCCGGAGAGUUGCCCCGACAGUAUUUUCUCUCGUAUUAUACGGACAGAAAAUGUAGAAAGUUAAAGGGGAACAUUAAUUUGGAUUUAUGCGAACAAGUCGAUACCGGACUUAAAUUUGAAGAUAGCAAGCAUAAGUUUGAUUUCAUGUUUGAUAUCAAGACGCCUACACGUACUUAUUAUCUUGCUGCCGAGACCGAGGAAGAAAUGAAAGUAUGGGUGAAUUGUAUAUGCAAUAUUUGUGGUCUUAAAGCUACCAGUGAUGAUGAAGCAGUAACAAGAUCAUUAAAUCCGCAAUCUUCUCUCUAUCAAGAUCACCAAACUAUGUUAUUAGACGAUUCGACCAAAAGUUGUGCAGAUUCUCCUCCUGUUUCUCCAGUUAGUACUGGACCAUACAUUCCCAUCUCCGAAUGUAUUACUGGCCGACUACCAUCGCAAGGCGUUCAGGAUUUUUAUAAGUUAUUGCAACAUAACAUAAAAAAUUCCUACUUCCGAUCGUCGGCUCUCACCAAAAGCCACAGCAACGAAACGUACGAGACAAGAUCGCCGACGUACCUAAACGAUUUUGCCGAGGGCGAUCCGCACUUUUACGAUUGUCCGCGCUCGCAUUCGACUCAGCACACCUUACGCAAAACUUACAACCCGGAAAUAACUAGGAGUAGUACAAAUAAACUAGAAAAGAACGUUAACAGUUCACCUUUACAAAGUCCCACAGAUUCUGAAAGUGUAUUUACCGAUGACGAUUGGACACCGAAUACGUCUAUUGAAAAUACAAGAUCGUUGAUUCCUUCAAAUAGUUCUAUGACUGAGCCUCUCCUCUCUGAUUCUUUUAGUAAAGUUACGUUAGAUGAUACAACUAAACGAGUAGACCCACCCCCACGGCCUCCCAAACCUACUCUAAAUAAUUUGGGUAGAGCAGAAUCAUCUAGUAAACCUAGUAAUGAGACUGAUGUAAAUAUAGUAGAGGGCAGUGUGGCAGUGAGCCAUCUAAAUAGUAAUAUUAAAGGAAUAAGUGAUGAAAUGUACGAUUUUCCUCGAUCGCAUCAAAUAGAAACUAAUGAAAAUUUAACAAACACUUUAUUACGAAGACACUGUUAUAAUAAUGCAGCACCUGGUAAUAUUGAAGGACAAAUAUUUCGUUACGAUAUUUCACCUAAGCCUAGCACUAGCACCACUCAAGUAUUUCAAUACGAUAAUAUCGACAUACCUGAUGAACCCGCUUCUCCUUUAUCGCAGUCAUCAUCCACAGCUAUACAUUCAAAUUUACCCAGUCCGUUACUUCCUUCUGAUGCACAGCUAAUGCCCCCACCUCAAAUCAAUAGAAGAUUAAAACCAAAACGUAAACUGUCAGAUGCGGUUUCUAUAACAUCAAGCAAUGAGCCAUCGUCACCGCGGCUAGCGCCAUCUGUCGAUAGAAGUUGCAAACCAGUCAUUAACACACAGAAUUCUGGAAUGAGGAAAGCUUUCGAGGCCGACUCAGAAUGCACCAGACGCCAACGUGCCGCGCCUAGUCCCACGCAUCAGGACAAUUUAUACGGAAAUCAACAGAUGUGUACAUUUUUAAGUAGUAUUCAGUACCUUGAUUUGGAUCACAGUAAUUCUCAAUACGGAACCACACCACAGAAAACGCAACCGCUGAGAUCUCCUGGUGCAACGACCGUCUAUAAGCAGGUCGAUUUUAUGAAAACGCAAGCGUUUAAUUUUACACGAAUAUGCGUCGAAAAGGAACGCAAAGAGUCCGUGUCCUCUUUCAAAAAAUAAUCUUUAUUUUUUUAACUGCUUAUAGUGCAAUUAUCAUACCAUUAGGAUAGUGAUAUUUAAUUUUUUUACUUUUGUAAAAUUUUGUUAUUGAUGUGCCUUACAAUUAUUGUUUAUGAAUAUAUACGAAAUGUUA